GAGCAGCAGACUCGCAAGAUGGACGCAUCCCUCCACUCUCCUGAAGGACCUUUAGAUAAAGAAGAUGACAAACUGAAAAAUCAGGCCGAGGAGGAGGAGUUUAAGGAACUGGAUGGUCUGAAGGAAGCCUUGGCCAACCUCAGGGGACUGACCAAGGAAGAGAAGACUGAGAAGGCCAUGCUUCACUCCCGCCUCGACGAGCAGUCCCAGCUCAUCUGCAUCCUGAAAAGAAGGGCCGAUAAGGCCCUGGAGCGAUGCCAGGUCCUGGAGCUGCUCAACACGGAACUGGAGGACAAGAGGACGGAGGAAGCCGAGAAGCUCAAGGCCCAGUGCGAGCUGGCCCAGAAGCUGGAGGAACGCUUUAUGACUCUGGCCGCCAACCAUGAGCUGAUGAUCCGGUUCAAGGAUGAACAUAAGCAGCAGAACGUCAAGCUCAAAGAGGAGAAUGCGAAGCUGAGACUCGAGAACAACACCCUCUUCAGCCAGGCGCUAAAGGACCAGGAGGCCAAAGUGUCGCAGCUCACCACCCACAGUGAGAUCCUCACCAAGGAGCUGGAGACGCUGAAACAGAGGUGUCUUCAGCAUGCCACCCAGGCACAGGCCCGCGAGAAGGAGCUGCUGGAGCUGCAGAGCCAGCAGGCCUGCACCCACGCCAAGGAGAUGAAGCAGCUGUGCAGCCAGGUGCAGGACCUCAAGCAGCAGCACCAGCGGGCCAUGGAGCAGGUGGUCAAGGCUGAGGAGGCCCACAGCAGCCUGAGCCAGGAGCUGCAAACCCGACUGCAGACCCUCACCCGCGAGAAAGAGGAGCUGCUGCAGUUGUCCAUGGAGAGGGGCAAGGUGCUUCAGAACAAACAGGCAGAGAUCCGCCUGCUGGAGGAGAAGUUGGAGACAGCAGAUGUGGCCAGGAGGCAUGCCCUAGAUCGGUUUGAGCAAGAGGCAGUGGCUGUGGACAGCAAUUUGAGGGUCCGAGAGCUACAGCGCAGAGUGGAUGGGAUCCAGAAGGCCUACGAUGAACUCAGGCUGCAGUCUGAAGCUUUUAAGAAGCACAGCCUGGAUCUUCUAAGCAAGGAGAGAGAACUCAACGCCAAGCUUCGCCAUCUCUUUCCAUAA